AUUUGACGUUUGGCACUAUUUCACUUUGGUCGUGUUUUUGGCUCUGCAAAAAAAAUUCGAACGAGCCUCCAUCGGAAUUUCUAACUAAAAAAUGUCUCUAACGAAGUUGCAUCCGAGUCUUUUCCAUCCGACGCUGCGAAAAAUGCACGAAGCUGACGUCCAAAUCCUGCCACACAACUUGAUGUAUCCAAUUUUUCUGGUGGAAAAAGACGACGAUGUGCAACCAAUUCCGAGCAUGCCGGGUGUCUGUCGUUACGGAAUAAAUUCUCUGAAGGAACAUCUCGCUCCGUUAGUUGAUCUCGGUUUGAGUUCAAUUUUACUUUUUGGCAUAAUUGACGAUGCCUCGAUGAAAGACGAUCAAGCAACGAGCGCCGAUUCCUUUUACAACCCCGUAAUUCGUGCACUGCCGCAAUUACGUAAAUGGUUCCCCAAUUUGCUGAUUGCAUGCGACGUUUGUUUGUGUCCGUAUUCGCGUCACGGUCAUUGUGGUAUCUUGCAUGCGGAUGGCACGAUAGAUAACGACAAAAGUAUCGAACGAAUUGCUCAAGUGGCUGUCAAUUAUGCGAAAGCAGGGGCGCACAUCGUUGCUCCCUCCGACAUGAUGGACAAUCGAAUAUUCGCGAUAAAAAAAUUCCUGCGUCACGAGCAACUCGAAGGAAAAGUCAACGUUCUCUCGUAUUCCGUGAAAUUCGCGUCGAGCUUUUACGGCCCAUUUCGGGACGCAGCGAAGAGCAAACCGGCAUUCGGUGAUCGAAAAUGUUACCAAUUGCCCUACGGAUCACGAGGAUUGGCAAAAAGAGCCGCAAAACGCGAUGUUGAGGAAGGCGCCGACAUGCUGAUGGUCAAACCGGGCAUGCCAUACCUCGAUAUUGCCCGUCAAACGAAAGAUGAGUUCCCGCAUUUGCCACUUUUUGUGUAUCAAGUGUCGGGAGAGUACGCGAUGAUUUAUAACGCAGCGAAAAUGGGAUCGUGUGACCUCAGAACGAUGCUAACGGAAGUCCUGGCAGGCAUGCGAAGAGCUGGAAGCGAUUGUAUCAUAACGUAUUUCGUGCCGCAACUGCUGCAAUGGAUGAAGGGAGGCGCUUUGUAGUAAAUUUAGCAGGUUUUAAGCAACGAGACUUAACUUUCUUACAAAAAAACACACAAAAAUAGUGGUAAUAGUUCAAUUUUUAUUAGCUUUAUUGGCUAUUUUUUACAAAUUUUUUUUAUAUGGCUUGUUAAAUAAUAUUUAUUAUUUUUUUUGUUGGCUUUCUGGUACAAGGUCGAAUUUUUUUAGUUUUUUUUUAUAAUAUUUACAAC